CUGAACAAGCACCAUGGUGGAUUCCUCUCCAGCGCCCCUCUUCAUGAGGAGCUCCGCGGACGCAGCGCUUCCGCCGGCGGGAAAACUUUUACGCGCGGCUCUGCCUCGCUGAGCCCGGUGGGACAAAAUAAAAAACAACCUUCACACGAACAUGGCCGAGCGUUGAAAACCAAAAAAAAGGAAGAUCUUCCGCGGUGUUGAAAAUGCAGAAGAGCGUGCGGUACAACGAGGGCCACGCGCUUUUCCUGUCGGCCGUGGCGCGUAAAGAAGGCACCAAACGCGGCUUCCUCAGCAAGAAGACGGCGGAGAACAGCCGCUGGAGCGACAAGUUCUUCGCCCUCUACCAGAAUGUUCUCUUCUACUUCGACAACGAGCAGAGCGCGCGCCCCGCCGGGAUUUACCUGUUGGAAGGGUGCAGCUGCGAGCGCGCACCGGCACCCAAGAUGUCCACCACUGGGAAGGAAGCCCUGGAGAAACAGCACUAUUUCCUUGUUGUGUUCGGCCAUGAUGGACAGAAGCCUCUGGAGCUACGGACGGAGGGGGAGGUGGAGUGUGACGAGUGGGUGGAAGCCAUACAGCAGGCCAGUUAUUCUGACAUCAUCAUCGAGCGAGAGGUGCUCAUGCAGAAAUAUAUCCACCUGGUACAGAUCGUGGAGACUGAGAAAGUGGCGGCCAAUCAGCUGCGCACACAGUUAGAGGACCAGGACACCGAGAUUGAGAGGCUAAAAUCGGAGAUUGUAGCUUUGAACAAAACAAAGGAGCGUAUGAGACCCUACCACGUCAACCAUGAAACAGAAGACCCCGACAUUAAAAAGAUCAAGAAGGUACAGAGCUUCAUGCGAGGCUGGCUCUGUCGGAGGAAGUGGAAGAUCAUCGUGCAGGACUACAUCUGCUCUCCUCACGCUGAGAGCAUGAGGAAGAGGAACCAGAUUGUCUUCAACAUGGUGGAAGCAGAGACAGAGUACGUCCACCAGCUCUACAUCCUGGUCAACUGCUUCCUCAGACCAUUGAGAAUGGCUGCCAGCUCCAAGAAGCCCCCCAUCAGCCACGACGACGUCAGCAGCAUAUUCCUCAACAGUGAGACCAUCAUGUUCCUCCAUGAAAUUUUCCACCAAGGCUUGAAGGCCAGGAUUGCCAACUGGCCCACUCUGGUGCUGGCCGACCUUUUUGACAUCCUGCUGCCCAUGCUGAACAUCUACCAGGAGUUUGUAAGAAACCACCAAUACAGUCUGCAGGUUUUGGCCAAUUGUAAGCAGAACAGAGACUUUGACAAGCUGCUUAAACAGUACGAGUCCAAUGCCGCCUGUGAGGGGAGGAUGCUUGAGACCUUCCUCACCUACCCCAUGUUUCAGAUUCCUCGUUAUAUCAUCACCCUGCACGAGUUAUUGGCACACACGCCGCACGAACAUGUGGAGCGUAAGAGUUUGGAGUUUGCAAAGUCCAAAUUAGAGGAACUGUCAAGGGUAAUGCACGAUGAGGUGAGCGACACUGAAAAUAUUCGCAAAAACCUGGCCAUCGAGAGAAUGAUCGUGGAGGGUUGUGACAUCCUGCUGGACACUAGCCAGACCUUCGUCAGGCAGGGUUCUCUCAUACAGCUGCCGUCAGUGGAGCGGGGCAAGCUGAGCAAGGUCCGACUUGGCUCGCUCUCCCUGAAGAAGGAAGGAGAAAGACAGUGCUUCCUGUUCACAAAACACUUCCUUGUGUGCACGCGCAGCUCUGGAGGGAAACUGCACCUCCUCAAGCAAGGCGGCGUCUUGUCCCUAAUUGACUGCACGCUCAUCGAGGAGCCGGAUGCCGUGGAUGAAGAGUCUAAAGCCGGAGGUCAAGUAUUUGGUCAGCUGGACUUUAAGCUGGUGGUGGAGCCAUCCGACUCGGCUUCGUUCACAGUGGUGCUGCUGGCGCCCUCGCGGCAGGAGAAGGCUGCGUGGACAAGCGAUAUUAGUCAGUGUAUUGAUAACAUCCGGUGCAAUGGCCUGAUGACCAGCGUCUUUGAGGAGAACUCCAAAGUGACCGUGCCUCAUAUGAUCAAAUCCGAUGCACGUCUCCAUAAAGAUGAUGUUGACAUUUGCUUCAGCAAGACGCUCAACUCCUGCAAGGUCCCGCAGAUUCGUUACGCCAGCGUAGAGCGUCUGCUGGAGAGGUUGACCGAUCUGCGCUUUCUCUCCAUCGACUUCCUCAACACCUUCCUGCACACCUACAGGAUCUUUACCACUGCCACAGUGGUCAUGGACAAGCUGGCUGACAUCUACAAGAAGCCUUUCUCUUCUAUUCCCAUCAGGGGGCAGUACCACUCAUUAGACCGUCUAUCCAUUUCAUCCAUCUGUCCUGACUACAGUCUGAAGAUCAAGAAGAUAACCGUGGAUCAAUCCAAGUCCCUGGAAUUGUUCUUCGCUACCAACCAGAACAACAGAAGCGGCGAGCACGUCCACGACAAAUCUCCCCGACUCGGCCGCAAGUUCUCCUCCCCGCCUCCACUCUCCAUCUCCUCCCGCACCUCCUCACCUGUACGCACCAGGAAGCUGUCGCUCCACUCACCCAUCAGCGCCAGGGUGGGUGGGCUGGACCUAACCAGUCCACUUUCCGGCUUGAACCACAACACGUCCCAGUCUGCCGGCAGUAGCCCCACGUCGGCCCACACCCCCAAGAUCCCGACGCCUCAAAUGCCGACCACCUCCUCCUCGCCUCCUCCUCUCGCCUCCACCUCUCCUCCACCCAGCACUUCCAAGCUAUUGCAGGAUCAAGCGCCCCCGAUUCCCUUGUCUCCUGACCAAAGUCCUGUUGGGAGCACAGAGGGGGAGGAGAUGCCCAAGAUUGACCCUUUUUGUGGAAAACUGAGGCGGAGCAUACGCAGAGCCGUCCUGGAGUCAGCGUCACUGGAGAAAAUCAUUCCAGAAUCUCCUCAAGGCAGCGAGGCAGGAGACAUGUCCCCGUGUCGCUCGCCAUCCACACCGCGACACCUGCGCUACAGGCCGCCAGGAGUCCAGUCAGGGGAGAAUUCACGCUGUGCGGUUUCUCCUACGUCAGCUUUUGCUAUUGCUACCGCAGCAGCAGGGCACAGCACACAGCCAGUGUUCACCAACUCUGAAAGAACAUGUGAUAAAGAGUUCAUCAUUCGUCGGGCUGCGACCAACAGAGUUCUGAACGUCCUGCGACACUGGGUCUCCAAACACUCACAGGACUUUGAAAUGAAUGGAGAACUAAAGAUGUCAGUCAUCUGUCUGCUGGAGGAAGUCCUACGAGAUCCUGACCUUCUGCCUCAGGAGAGGAAAGCCACUGCCAACAUACUCAGUGUUCUUUCACAAGACGAGCAGGAUGACGCCCAGAUGAGGAUAGAAGACAUCUUACAGAUGGCAGACUGUCCAAAGGCGGAGUGUUUCGAGUCCCUUUCUGCGAUGGAGCUGGCCGAACAGAUCACUCUGCUGGAUCACAUCGUCUUCAGGAGCAUUCCUUACGAAGAGUUCCUGGGCCAAGGCUGGAUGAAGUUUGAUAAGACAGAAAGGACGCCAUUCAUCAUGAAAACAAGUCAACACUUCAACGACAUGAGUAACCUAGUGGCGUCGCAGAUUAUGACCCACACAGAUGUGGGCUCCAGGGCCAGCUCCAUAGAGAAGUGGGUGGCCGUGGCCGACAUCUGCCGCUGCCUCAACAACUACAACGGCGUCCUGGAGAUCACGUCGGCGCUCAACCGUAGCGCCAUCUAUCGUUUGAAGAAGACCUGGGCCAAAGUCAGCAAGCAGGCAAAAGCGCUGAUGGACAAACUGCAGAAGACAGUAUCCUCAGAGGGAAGGUUCAAGAAUCUGAGGGAGACCCUAAAAAACUGCAACCCCCCAUGUGUCCCCUACCUGGGAAUGUACCUGACGGAUUUGGCCUUCAUUGAGGAGGGAACGCCUAACUUCACAGAGGAGGGGCUGGUCAACUUCUCCAAAAUGAGGAUGAUCUCACACAUCAUCAGAGAGAUACGACAGUUCCAGCAGACCCCCUACAGGAUAGAACAUCAAGUAAAGGUGACCCAGUACCUUCUGGACAAGACUCUGAUCAUGGAUGAAGACACGCUCUAUGACCUCUCACUGAAGAUUGAGCCUAGGCUUCCUGCCUGAUUGAUUGCUAGCAUUAUCUGCCACAACAUGCGAUCUCAAUGAAGAAGGAAGCCCGUUUUAAAAGCAAGAGAAGGAACGGUCGACGAGAGUGCCUGAGGAAACGACGCUCCUUCACAAGUGCAAGAGGGAGUUUGUUUUCAACGGCGACCGUGGUGCCGCUCGUUGGACGGAGUGGAUCUAUAGACAUGUAGCAUAUAGAGAGGGCGUGGCAGCGAGAUAUCUGAGCUGAAGUCUCUGUGUUGUCAUCUGUGUUGCGCCUUUGUCCACCUUUGAGCCUCCCGAAAAUGCUUUCUCCUGACUUUUGCAUGAUUUUAGCCUGGGUUGUGUGUGCGUCUCUAAAUGGUCCUCAGCUUGACCUCUGACCCCUACCGCUUAGCAAUAUGCAGCCUCCGUGAGUGGCUUGGCUAUGGCGACAGGCCUUAAAUCUUUCAACGUUUCGAUAAAAAUGCAACAUAUAUAUUUUUUUUCUAAAAAGUCAAAUAUUUUGAUAAAAUGCCCGACAUCUUAUUGGUACGUGUUUUCAACUUAUUCUUUGUCAAAUGGGCACCUUAAAAAAAAAAAAGAAUGGUAAUUUAAAAACCCUUUCAGGUGCCUUCUGAUCACAGGAAUGCACUGAUAAAUAUUAUAUAUAGUACAGAGUCCUCACAGUUGUUCUCCCCAGCAUGUUUGUGUGAGCCAACAGCACCCUUUAGUGGUCACAUUUCGUAAAUACAACUGUCUUCAAAGCUUCUGCAGAUCCUGUGCGUUUGAAGUAAUUUCUGUUCUGACUUGGACUGCCUGUUUUUGCACUCUCUGACAUGUAGCUUUGCUUGAUUGAUACACAUUGAUUACUUUUGUAUGCAUAUACGGUUCAACACAGGAAAAUAUUGUGUCCAUCGCUUUCAUGUAUUGCAGGCCGGGCUCUUGUUUUGUGUGGCAAUGAAAAUCUGUUUCAUUGUAAAGACAAAAUGAAAAAUAAGAGUUUGAAUGUUUUUUUUUUUUUUCAAAUGUAGCAUUUGAAUAUUCCAACUUGAUGAACAUUGUUGUCUUGCAUGCACACAACAGCUGCAUGUUGUGCAUGUCUGGCCAGCCCCUCUGCUUCUCUAAGAUUAUUAUGGUCUGUCAGGAGGUGUUUGUUAGUCACCAGGUCAGCUGUCUGUGUCGUCUUCAAAAAAUAUUGCUUUUUUGUUUUUGUUUUUGUUUUUGUUUUUUAUUUCAAACGCCAGUACAUGCUGGCAAGGGACUAAUGUAUGCUGUGUUUUGUAUCGUUAAAAAUCAUGUCUUUGUUUUUGUGUUUGUUACUACUGUAUUUGUCUGCAUUUUUCACUGACAGGGGAAAAAAAUAAAUCAAC